AUGGCUUCGGGGCUCAAUCGACGACGAGUGCCGGGCGCGUCUUCACCAAAUGGUGCUGCUUCCGAUGCCACGUCCGCGGGGCACUCGCAUUCUGCCUCCCUGGCUCAGUCAGGGUCUCUCCCCAGCUCCAUCUCAAAUAGUAAUGGCGUAGUGCACGCCGGGAACGCCCUCGAAGGCGGUCAUAGGGUUGCGUAUGACCCCCGGGAUCUAUUCGAUACGGAGGAGGAGGGCGGAAAGCUCCCGAGGUUGACAUUGUUAGAAGAAGUGUUGCUUCUUGGGCUAAAAGACAAACAGGGUUAUCUGUCCUUUUUAAAUGACAACAUUUCGUAUGCCCUGCGUGGGUGUAUAAUACUCGAACUUGCCCUCCGCCGGCGGAUUGCCAUGGUUAAAGAUCCAAACAGGCGGCGCUACCCUUUGCCUGAUCGAUAUAUUGAAGUCAUUGAUGAGCGGCAAACAGGAGAGACACUCUUAGAUGAAGCUCUCAAAAUGAUUAAGUUAAAUGAAAAAAUGGGGGUCGGAAAUUGGGUUGAUCUGAUGAGUGGCGAGACAUGGAAUGUUAUGAAGAUCGGGUUCCAGCUAAAACAAGUACGGGAACGAAUCGCGAAAGGCCUCGUCGAUAAAGGUGUCCUGCGGACCGAGAAACGAAACUUCUUUCUUUUCGAUAUGGCCACCCACCCCGUUGCUGAUGGCCGAGUCAAAGAAGAAAUCAAUUUACGUAUCAUUGCCCUUCUUUCUUCACGGACUACUGCCAUCCCUCCCUCUGCUCUUGACAAAGUCGACGUUGGGUGCCGGGUAACUCGUGCCGUGUGCCUCGUAUGUGCCGCGAUGGCUGCUAGUGUUUUAGAGAAUCCUCUGCAGCGGCUCCCAUAUGAAGCAAGAGAAGCAUGUCUAGCCCGAUGUGACGACAUUCUCGCGGAGUUCUCGGUAUGGCCAUUCGGUAGCAGUAAUCCUGGAGGCUCAAAACGUCAUAUCAAUAUUGGAGGCGGUAGCUCUGUGGAGACAAAUAAAGUCGAGGGAUUGCAUGAGCUUGUACGAGAGGCGAAAAAAGAAAUGCCCGAUCCCGAGGAUCUGUGUUUCGAGAUAGUAGCAUCUGUUAUGGAAGUCUUCAGCAAGAUGGACUCACUACUUUAA